UACAAAUCCUGAAUGUGGUUAGAGGAACCUGGGAGGCAGAGUGUCUGGACUGAACCUGAGCUGUGCCCCUGACUCAUUUCUGACUUUAGUUUCUUCAAUGGAGAAGUUGGUGAAAAUGUUUGGCUUCCUCCUUGUCACCGCUGCUCUGGUAAUGGGCAGGGAAAGCUGGGCUCUCGAGACCUGUCUCCAGGAGCAGGUGCGGCUCAGAGCCCAGGUGCGCCUUCUGGAAACCCGGGUCAAACAGCAGCAGGUCAAGAUCACCCAGCUUUUGCAUGAGAAGGAAGUCCAAUUCCUUGAUAAAGGAAAGGAGACUGCUGUCAUUGACCUUGGAAGCAAGAGGCAAUAUGCAGAUUGUUCAGAGAUUUUCAAUGAUGGGCAUACAAACAGUGGAUUUUACAAAAUUAAGCCCCUCCAGAGCCCAGAAGAAUUAUCUGUUUAUUGUGACAUGUCCGAUGGAGGAGGGUGGACAGUAAUUCAGAGACGAAUGGAUGGCAGAGAAAAUUUUCACAGAGGCUGGGAUGACUAUAAAAAUGGCUUUGGAAAUUUUGUCCAAAAAAACGGUGAAUAUUGGCUUGGUAAUAAAAAUCUUCACUUAUUAACCACCCAAGGAGAAUAUACUUUAAAAAUAGACCUUGCUGAUUUUGAAAAUAAUAGCCGUCAUGCACAAUAUAAAAAUUUCAAAGUGGGAGAUGAAAAGAGUGCCUAUGUGCUGACUAUUGGGGAAUAUUCUGGAACAGCUGGAGACUCCUUUGCAGGAAACUUUCACCCUGAGGUGCAGUGGUGGGCAAGUCAUCAAAAUAUGAAAUUUAGCACAAGGGACAGAGAUAAUGACAACUACUCAGGGAACUGUGCAGAAGAGGAAAAGUCUGGCUGGUGGUUUAACAGGUGUCACGCUUCAAACCUGAAUGGCUUAUACUACAGGGGCCCCUACACUGCAGAGACGGAUAAUGGGGUGGUCUGGUAUACCUGGCGUGGAUGGUGGUAUUCUUUGAAAUCUGUGACUAUGAAAAUUAGGCCAAAUGAUUUCACCUCAAAUAUUGUUUAAUUGUCCCUAUUGGGCUUUCAUUUCUGCAAUUCAGUGUAGUUCAAGAUGAUUUGACAAAUUGCAAUUCUGCACACACACACGAUGAUAGCAAUUGUCAUGUGUACUAUUUUCAUUCUCCUUGCUUGCCUUUACUACUUAAUGUACUUUUAGUACAGCAAAUAGGAGAUAUUCACCAAAUAAAUGGAGAUAAUAUUAA